AUGUUAACAUCACCACGAACAAAUGGUGCUGAUAAUUUUGUUCCUAGUCAUAAUUUAUCAUUGAUUACUCAACCUAUAUUAGGUGCUCGAUCACGAUUAAGAAAAACAACAACAAAUAUUAUUGUUGACACAUCAACAUCAACUAAAGAAAAACUUGAUUCAAUGACAAGUAGUCGUCGAAGUUCAUAUAAUGAUUCCCCACCAUUAAUUUUACCGAUUAAUCGGAUUGACACAUUGCAAUAUCAAAAGAAAACUAAUUUUAAUAAUCAUCAAGAAUCAUCGGAUUCAGGUCUUGAUUUAUCCUUAUCAACAAAUUCAUCUGUUCAAUUUCCACAAUAUUCUCAACAACAUGUUCCAAUUCAUCGUCCAUUAAGUGCCCUUAAUGAAGAUUCAAGUCCUGAUGAUGGAUAUCAUGAUGAACAUCAACAAGAAUCAAUUGAUGUUAUUCGUUUUCGAUGUCCACCGAUUAAUUUUGGACGAAAUCGUUCAAUGGAAGAUAUGCUUAGUAAUAAUACACGUGAAGAACAACAACAUCGUUCAAGUUCAUUUUCUGAUGAACGACAACAAAAAUUAUCUUUACAACAAGAGAAAAAAAUGAAACGAUCAAGUGAUGGUGCUCUUUUAGAUAUACUUGAUACAUCACCAGAAUCAACAGAGCCUUAUACACGAACAAACACAAAUAAAAAUGAACUUUUAUAUCCUCCUAAUAUUCAACAACAUCGAUCAUUAAAUGAUCUAACUAAUAAACUUUCAUCAAAAGUUUUAGCUACCCGCAAUGAAUCAAAUAUACCAACAAUUAAUAAUAACUUAUCAACAACACAUACGAUUAUUCGAAAACCAAAUACAUCAACAUUAAAACCAUUAAGAAAAAAAACAAAAUUAAAUAUGCUCAUUGAACCAUCGGCACCAUUGACAUCAUCACGUCUUACUAGUUAUGACGAACAAAUUAAUGCAAUGACAGGAGCAACAAGUAGUUCAAGUAAUCAAACAACACCUCGUUCAAUACGUCCAUUAGCUCAACAACAACAACAACAACAACAACAACAACAACAACAGCAACACCAGCAGCAGCAUAAAUCAAAAGCAAUGACACAAUUAGCUCAUUAUCCAAAUCAAGAACAAAUAAGAGCACAUGUUAAUCGAUCUGUUAUUGAAAGACAACAUCCAAUAAAUUUAGUAAUACCUGUACGUCCAGGUGUUAUACAACAAAGAAUACCAUUUGAUGCUUCUCCAUCCAAAGUUAAUAAUCUUCUAUUAAGAUAUCAUGGUCAUCAACCUCAACCAUCUACAACAUACCAUUCAAGUUCAAAUACACAAACGUCACCAACUCGACUAAUAAAACAAACUUUACCAACAUUGUAUAAUGAUGAAACCAUUGGUAAUAUUCAUGACGAAAAAAGAAAACAAAAAGAACAAAUAAAAAUUCAAAAACUUAAAGAAUACGAUGAAAAAAAACGUGUAAAACAAAAAGAAGAAUAUGAAAAUAAUAAAUCAAAUGAAAUCUAUCAAAAAGAACAAAAAAGAAUCAAAAAUAUUCAAGGACCAAAUUCAUUAAAAUAUGUUUAUAAACGUGAAAGUUCACAAGAUCAAGUUGAACAAGCUCAUACUCAACGACAUUUCAUUGGUUCGGUUCAAAGACAACAAGAAAAAGAAUUAUCAUUUGAAAAAAUUCAACAACGAAACAAAUUUGUUAAGACUCGAAUACCCGACGAAUAUGAGAAUAUUGAUGAAAAACAACAUACAGAUAAUAUUUUUACAAAUACACCUCGUCGUCAAUAUGAACAUCAAAUUGAUACGAGACAACAACGAUCAACUAAUAAUGAUUCAAAUCGAAAUACCAUUCCUGACAAAUACGAGUCUGUUCAAUCAACUAAUACAACAGGUAAAGUACAAGAUGCUAAUAACUUUUAUCGACGACAACAACGAAAUGUUGGUUAUGUUGAUGAUCCUAUUCACAUAAAUCAAUCGAAUGAAAUUGAUCGAGAAAAAGGUGGAAAACAACAAAAUCAUGGAUCACAACCAACAGGACUUAUUGUUCGAAAUAAAAAAGAUAGCAAUGAGAAAAAUUUCAAUCGAACAACAGAGAUAAAUAGUCAAUAUGGACCUGAUCAUUUACAUGGUACACAAAAAACACCUAUUUCUACAUUACAAUCUCGCCCAUCAAAAGUUCAAUUUCAACCAUUCGAAAAUCCCACAAAUCGUAAUCCUUCAAAUGAAACUCAUAUUGAUCAAAAUCGACAAUCAAAUCAAUGGCGAAAUUCCACACAUGAAAACCAUCAUUAUCCAUGGCAUAAAUCUCAAGCUGGAUCAAUAUUAAAAACUACUCGAAUCCAACCAAUUCAACCAAAAAAUACAAAUAUUUAUGAUUCAAAACGAGAAAGAGAAACAAGUCAAUUGAGUAUUAUAUCAAAAGGAGAUUCAAUAAAAUCUGAUGAAAAAAAAUUAAAACCAAAAAUUGUUGGUAAAAACUCCACUAAUAAUUUUCAAUUAAAAUCACCAACAUCAUGGUCAAUUAUAUCUGAACAUGAUAAUGAUCAACAACAAUUUGAACCUUAUGAAAAAAAAAAAACUUAUCAAUCUGAAUCAUCACCAUCACCGUCCUCUCAUGAUGAAUUGAUUGAAGAUAAUUCUAAUACACCUCCUCGUACUUAUCGUUUAAUGAAUAAUAAUCAACAGAAACUUCAUGAUGGAAGAUAUAUUAUUCCAUCUAAUAAUUUACAAACUUCUUCAAUUAUUGGUCCUUCUUCUUCUCAUUCAUCAUCUUGUCAUACACAUCCAUUUACAUUAACACAUAAUUUUGAAAAUAACAAUGAUAUUUUUAUUGAUACUAAUUUACAAUCAAUAACAAACAUAAAAAAUACUUCUCAUGUACCUGAUGUUUAUGUUUUAUCUGAUCGUGAAAGUACACAAAAUACAAUUGAUCGAGAAAAUUCUUCAUCGUCUUUGGUGCAUAUGUCUUCAAAUAAAAAAGUUUAUUCACCACAUGAAAACUUAAUUCUAUCAACAGAACAAGAUGAAAUAGUAUCAAAUUAUGACAGUGAUGAUGGUUGGAGUGAUGAUUCAGCUGAACUUUUAUAUGUUGAUGAACGAUAUGCAACAGAAAAGACGAAGAUUAAUUCAUCUUCACAUCUACCUUCACAACAACCUUAUCAUUAUCAAGUUCAACAACAAAAUGUGCUUCUUCAAGAGUAA